UGUGAAAGAGUCUCCAUGUGCCUCCUGCAAAACCGCUUGAAGAGUUGAGUGGCGUUCCACGGGACCGCAUCUGGCCCUCCGCCGUUAUGGCUCCCACUUGCGUGGGCAACUGCGCGCCGGUCUUCUUCCUCGCCAUCAUUUUUGAUGCUGCCGGUCUGGUUGUAAUCCUGGUGGGGAUUUUUGGCGAUCUCAACGUGGACGGACGCUUCUAUGGGGAUUUUCUCAUCUACACCGGCUCGCUUGCGAUUUUCUUCAGUUUGGUGUGGUGGGUUUUGUGGUACACUGGCAACGUGCGACUGGAUCACAGGAGAGGUUCCCUGGACCUCACUUUUACGCAUUGGGCGAGGAAGCUGUCUGAGAGGCUCUCCAGAAGCGCCAUCAAGUCUCUGAAUGAAAAAAACAACUUUGCGAAAGAGAUGAACGGACCCGCUCCUCGUGAUGAGCCCACUCGGAUUAGUUGGGAUAUGACUAAUGGUCAUGUCAAUAAGGGCUUUGAUGAGGAGACUGAGCGCAACCCGGAGAGGAAAAACGUCGAGUUGGGUGUGCUGAAGAACUCGGACGUGAAUCUGCACGAAAAGGUUGGAUUCCCGUGAACGCUGCUUUUCAAAAAUUUCUAAGGACUGAAAACCUUGAGCGACACCUUUUUUAUUUAUUUUUAAAGAUUUCUUAAUCAGGGACAAGCUCGGCUCAACGCGGACGGGCUGCACACAGAAGAAAGUCUUUCAUAUGUAAAUAGCAAAUUCAUAUAUUUUUCUUUUAUGUGACAAUUUUUGUAAAAAGGAACUGUCAAAUACUUUUCAAAGAAUAAAGUUUUCCAAGCUGUU